AUUUGCUAAUUUUUUAAGUUGUGUAUUACUAGCUAAAGGAACAAAAUAAUGUUAAAACUAAAGCUCGAGGCGCUGGGUCAUCCAACACCCAGCGAAGUUGCAUUGAGCAAUCGCAAGGAAUUUGCAAGCACAGUGCUUUGGCUAGAAGAUCAAAAAAUACGUCUUUAUACAAUUGAAGAUCGCGAGAAAUUGCGCAAUCUGGACAACAUGUUGGUUUGGGAGGAGGGUUAUAAGAAAUACUGCGCUGAUGUGAAUAUGCCCCCAUAUGAAUCCCAACUGGAGCAGCUCACCUGGUUGGUGGGACAUGCAAUACGUCUCGAGUACCUCGAUGAUCCUGCUCAAUACGAAACAAUCAAUAGCCAGCCCGCAGGCCAGACAAAAAGCAACGGAGCGCUCUCACAGCAAAAAGUUCAAACCAUAUUCAAUGGCAGCAUAAAUGUCCACGACAAGGAGUUCAUUAGUGGGGUACGCGCCUUGGCCUCAAAGCUUAAAGUGCCCUACCACCCCAACCAUUUGCUGCAGCUGGAGGCCGUGGCGCGCAUUGUACAUGAACGCGUCGCUCCAACAGCCAGCCACAAGACGGCGGUAACUGGCACCCCUUUUCCCUUUGAUAAGGGCAAUGAUGUUGUUUCGGCUAACGAUCCGGCUCUCGAUUAUCCCAUGCGUAUUCUGCGCCUGUUGCAAAUACAAAGUUUACGUCAGCUACAAACUCAAAUCAACGAAACUAUUGUUGCCGUGCAGAAUCUAACUGCCAAUCCAAAGACUGACACCAAGCUAGGAAAGGUGGGACGCUGAAGCCAGGAAAUAUGUCUAUGUACCGAUGAAUAAAUGUAAUGAACAAAUUAAA